AUGAAGCCAUGUAUAUUAAGAGUUUUAUUGAUGCUUUUAUCAUCACAUUUGAUAUUUCCUGCUGAGCCAGAUGGUGAAAUAAGAGCGGGAUGCAGGACAGCAGUGAAUGACUUGGUGUUCAUCAUGGACGGCUCCUGGAGUGUGGGAUUCAACAAUUUUGAAACGGCCAAAUCCUGGCUGAUUAAUGUCACCAGUGGAUUUGACGUUGGACCAGAGUACACCCAGGUAGCUGUUAUCCAGUACAGUGAUAGACCACGUUUAGAGAUUCCAUUUGGUCAACUCAUGACGAAUGAAGAAGUAACAUCCGCAAUAGGGAACAUUAAAUACCUUGGUGGAAACACCCAAACGGGCCGAGCUAUUAAGUUUGCAACAGAAACCGUUUUCCCAUCUUCAGAAAGAUCCAAAGCAGCAAAAAACAAAAUUGCCAUUGUUGUUACGGACGGGAAAUCGCAGGACGAUGUUGUCGAUGCCUCCGUUGAAGCACGUGCUGAAAAGGUUGUGAUAUUCGCUGUUGGAGUUGGAUCUGAAAUAACUGAAUCGGAGCUCAGGGCUAUUGGUAACAAACCUUCUUCCACUUACGUAUUUUUCGCCGAGGAUUAUAGAACUAUUGAUAAAAUUAAAGAAGCAAUGCAGAAGAAGAUAUGUGAAGAAUCGGUAUGUCCUACAAGAAUUCCUGUAGCUUCGCGUGAUGAGAAAGGGUUUGAACUGUUGAUAGGCCUUAACAUCAUAAAGAAAGCCCAAAAAAUACCAGGAUCUUUGACUACACAGCCAGCCUUUCAACUGACAUCUCAGACAGAUGUGACUGAAAACACCAGGGACGUAUUUCCAGAGGGCCUUCCUCCUUCCUAUGUAUUUGUUGCCACAUUACGCUUAAAGAGCCCAACUAACAAGCAGCACUUUGAUUUGUGGAGAGUCUUGUCAAAAGAAGGAAUCAUUCAGGCAGCUGUGACAAUUGAUGGCGAAAAACAAGCUGUCCUUUUUACGACAACUAGUCUUGUCAAUGAGAUCCAGACAGUGACCUUUAAAGAUGCUAAACUAGAGAAAUUGUUUGAUGAAGACUGGCACCAGUUAAAGCUUGUGGUGCUGGAAAUAGAAGUUUCCUGCUUCCUGGAUGAUGUCAAAAUUCGCAACCAGCGUCUUGAGAAAGUUAUUCCAAUCUUCAUAAAUGGGAAGACACAGGUUGCCAAGGUGGUGAAAAGAGAGACACUGGUGCCUAUCGAAAUACAGAAGCUUAGACUCUACUGUGACCCACAGCAAAGUGAUCAAGAGACUGCCUGUGAGAUACCCUCAGUGGAUGAUGAAAGGUGCCCAGCUGACCGAAUGCCACCUAUGCCGGUUUGCGAAUGCUCUUCAGGACCCUCUGGAUUACCUGGUCUUCCUGGACAAAAACCCAAGGGAUAUAAGGGAAUGCCAGGUCAACCUGGAAGCUCAGGAGCUGAUGGGAAGCAGGGAUUACCUGGUGAACGAGGUAUACCAGGUGUACCAGGAGCUCAAGGCAUACAGGGUUCACCCGGGCUGACUGGAUUUCCAGGGAAUCCUGGCCUCAAAGGAAACCAAGGUGAAAAUGGAUUGCAAGGUUUUCCAGGUGUACCAGGGUCUCCAGGUCCUAAGGGCAGCAAAGGUGAAAAAGGAUCGCUGGGGGCUCUUGGUCUUCGUGGCCCGAGAGGAGAACCUGGAAUUCAUGGAAGAAAUGGUCUUCCAGGGGCAGUUGGUUUAAAGGGAGAGACUGGAAACCAAGGUUUGCCUGGGGCAGAUGGACAACAUGGACCUCUGGGUAAACCAGGAAUGAUGGCUCCUAAGGGGGCCAGGGGGCCACCUGGGAUACCAGGUAAGCAGGGACCUAUGGGACCAUCUGGGAAUGAUGGAUGGCCAGGAGAAAAGGGUAACAGAGGUGUACAGGGAACACCAGGAUCACAGGGUUCACAGAAAGGAAAUCUAGGACAACCUGGUGAGAGGGGACCUGAAGGCAAGAUAGGGUUUCCUGGUCUAUUGGGCCCUGUUGGACCAAGAGGACCUCCCGGUAAAGAAGGUCGAUAUGGAUUACCUGGUAUCCCUGGAACUCCUGGCAAACCUGGGAAGUGUACCACGAGUGACAACACACAGGCUCAGGCCUAUAGUUAUGCACUUAAUCGGUUAGCUCAGUUGCCUUCACUUCUUCAAAGUAUGAAACCAAGUUGUCAGCCUUGUGAAGUUGGCAAAGAUACACCUGGCUCACCAGGCCUGCCGGGGGGGCCUGGAGAGAGAGGAUUCCCUGGAUAUCCUGGCACAGCGGGAAGGCGAGGGUACCGAGGCCAACCUGGCAUCCCUGGACUGCCAGGAAUACAAGGUGACCAGGGAUUGAAGGGAGACAAAGGCACAAAAGGUGAAGGCUAUCCAGGGUUACCUGGGCAACCUGGCCAAACAGUGUCUAAAUCUUUCCUUUUAUAUGUUAUAAUUUGUAAAUUUCACAUUACUGGGCGUGAGGUAUUUUUGGUCUCCCAGGACUUCCAGGUCCCAGUGGACAAGGAUUGCAAGGAGUGCCUGGGGACCCAGGAAGAAAUGGAAUGCCUGGCAGUCCGGGAAAACGUGGCCCCUCGGGAGCACCCGGAGUCUGUGAUAUGUCCAGCUGUUAUAAUUUCUACAAUAGUGGCCGAAAUCCUUUUAGCAAAGGACCAAAUUUCUGAGCUCUUUGCGAAGUUCAGUAUCUGA